AUGAACACGUCUUCGAGUACUGCGGUUAACAAAGAGAAACUUAUCGCCGGAACGAAAAAAAAGGACGCAGGGGGCGAAGCUUUUAAGAAAGGAAAUAUGACUGAAGACAUUACCAUGAGGCAAGCUUUAUUGUGUCUGAAUGGUCUACAAAACAACAAAGCUUUCGCAGUAUUUCGAAACGAUCAGCAAACACCAGAGAAAGAUCCUCUUCAACAAGAAAUCCAGAAAGUCAUUAGCGUUUUAUAUAGCAACAUGGCAGGCACGUUACCCGCGUUGAAGAAUGACGCGGAUAAUACAAAAGCUCUCUUCAGACGAGCUCAAGCGUACAUCCAGGAGGGUAAUGUCGUUGGAGCGCGACAAGAUUUGGAUAAAUUGAGUAAAAACAACCCGGACGAUCCUGGCAUUAAACGCGAGUAUUACAAGUUGCGGCAAAAGGAAAAAGAACAAGAUCGCAAACAAGCCAAAGACCUUAAGGGACUCUUUGCACGAAUGCAAAGAGAAGAUGAACGUGAAGAGGCCGAAAGGGCAAAGGCGGAUAAAGAGAAACAAAGUACAGAAAGUGAGGAUGCAAAGAUUCAAGAGAUAAACACUGACGAGCCAAAGAUACAAGAGAUAAACGCUGACGAGCCAAAGAUUCAAGAGACAAACGCUGACGAGCCAAAGAUUCAAGAGAUAAACGCUGAUGAGCCAAAGAUUCAAGAGAUUCUAGAAGAAUUGAAUACCGAUGGGCCAAAGAUUCAAGAGAUAACUGAUGAUUGA